AUUUGAAAAGAUGUAUUAGAGAGAGGGACGACGAGAGAAGAAGCUCUUUCUCUCUCAAAGAAGAAGAAGAAACCCAAAGUCUCUGUCUUUUCUUCAAAUCUCUCUUCUUCUUCUUCUUCAUUCUGGUGUUCAAAUCCCUAACUUUCUCGAUCUCUUUACAAGCGGAUCAAAUUUCGAAUUUCAAAAUUGCCGUUUUGAGUUUCAGUGUAUACGCCGAUUCGGGUCGAGGGUUUUCUAGUGCGGAAGUGAUUAAUCCGCCAUCGGAUCUUGAAUCCUCCGAGCUGAUCCAUGGGAGAAGGAGACGAAUUCCCGCCUAAAACGGAGGGUUCAGAGGAGUUUGAUGCCCCGACGAAGAAGACGGCGAGGCAACUCGACUUCGCUGGUGGGCAUUCACAGGCUAAUCAAGCUCCUGCCACGGUGGCGGCGGCGGCGGUUCCACCUUUACAAUCUCCUCAAGUCCCAAUCAGGCUUCCGAAGCCAGAAUCUCCGAAACCUAAGCCAAGGCCUGUUGUGGUGGAAGCUGGAGAUGGAACUCCUAUGAAGAAGAAACACUGUAACUGUAAACACUCUCGCUGCUUGAAGCUGUAUUGUGAAUGCUUUGCAUCCGGCACUUACUGUGAUGGUUGCAACUGUUUGAACUGUUUCAACAACGUCGACAAUGAACCCGCCAGACGAGAAGCCAUUGAAUCAACUCUCGAACGCAAUCCUAAUGCCUUCAGGCCUAAAAUCGCUAGCAGUCCACACGACCCACGAGAUAACAGGGAGGUGGUUGGUGGAGUUGUGAUGUUAGGGAAGCACCACAAAGGCUGCCACUGCAAGAAAUCCGGAUGUCUCAAGAAGUACUGUGAGUGCUUUCAGGCAAACAUCCUUUGUUCUGACAACUGCAGAUGCUUGGGCUGCAAAAACUUUGAAGGAAGUGAAGACAGGCUAGCUCUCUUUCACGGUGAGCAUUCACAUGGUGCGGCUUAUCUCCAACACGCAAAUGCUGCCAUAACUGGAGCUGUAGGUUCCUCGGGGUUUGCAUCUUCUCCUGCUCCUAAGCGAAGGAAAUCUCAAGACAUUUUCUUCAACCAAGCAGCCAAAGAUUCAUCUAUUAAUAGGCUUGGCCAGGGAAGUAGCGGGAAAACAACAUCUUCAAAACCUGCUGCUCGGCAUGGAGGCCCAUCCAAAGUUGUAUAUAGGUCUCUCUUGGCAGAUAUAAUUCAACCACAGGAUGUGAAAGCACUUUGUUCUGUUCUGGUUGCUGUAUCUGAGGAAGCAGCCAAGACAUCAACACUGAAACGGUUGGAAGAUCAGACAGAAACUUCAUUAGCUUCUUCUGCGCAAGACAAUAACAAUGGUACAGAGAUUGAGAAAGCUGCGAGUGGAAAUGAAGCUGGUGCAGAGGAGUCCAAUUCGGAUGGCUCAAAAGGAAAGUCACUGUCUCCAGAAACCUUGGCGUUGAUGUGUGAUGAACAGGACACUAUGUUAAUGGUUGCAGCUUCAUCUAAUUGUUCGGUGGAGCCACCAAACGGGCAAGACCAAGGUUAUGCAGAGAAGGAGAAAAUAGUAUUAACCAAGUUCCGUGACUGCCUUAACCGAAUCAUCUCAUACGCAGAACUAAAAGAAUCAAAGUGUUCUUUGUCAAGGAUGGAUACAGAGUCACCUGUACACGCGGCUGUGAAAACCGAGCCGGUGGUUCAACAAGGAGAAGUGGCGAACGGAGUUUCACAAACCACAAUACAACAACCUUCCCAGCUAACUUCUUCAUACACACAAACUCAACAGCCUCAAGCUCCAUCUGAGAAGAAAGAUCUAUGAAUCAAGACAUUUUACUCCUAACAUUACUUUACAGAGAGCAACAAUGGCAGCUGAAUCCGAUUUUCCAUGCUUAAUUUAUGAGGUAACAGCCACCAAUAAUGGCAGAUGAUUACAAUAAAUGUUCACGAAGGUUGUGUUAUUAGACUUUUUUUUCUUAGUUCUUCCAUUAAAAUUCUUGGUUUUGAUUUAUAAAUGUUUUUUUACGACUUGUUGACAUUAUCUGUGUACAUUGCUGUUACUUAGUCCACUCGAUUUUUUUUACAUA